ACAAGCCCUUUUUGGACCAAAGGUUGCCAUUUCAAUGUUUGAAAAGAUGCAAGCACAUGAAAUCCUAAGGAACCUGCGGCUUCCAGAAUUUGAUGACUUCAGCCAGUUUUUCAGAAGUUUGCCUGCUACCACCUUGGUAGGCAUUGGUGCCUUUGCAGCUGUUGUUGCAUACUGGCUGGCUAGCCGGCCAAAAGCAGUGAAACCCCCAUGUGACCUCCUGGUGCAAUCGGAAGAAGUUGAGGGGUGGGAUGGUGCUCGAAGAUCUGUUAUAGGUGACACCUCACAAUUGUUGACGCACUAUUAUGACGAUGCAAGGACCAUGUAUGAGGUUUUUAGAAGGGGUUUCAAUAUAUCUGAGAAUGGUCCCUGCUUAGGAUUCAGGAAACCCAAACAGCCUUACCAGUGGUUGUCCUACAAAGAGGUUGCUGAAAGAGCAGAAGCAUUGGGCUCGGGUUUACUCCAACAGGGCUGUAAACCAUCACCGAGUCAGUUUAUUGGUGUCUUUGCACAGAAUCGGCCAGAAUGGAUCAUUUCUGAGCUGGCUUGCUAUACCUAUUCCAUGGUUGUGGUUCCGCUGUAUGAUACUUUAGGCCCUGGAGCCAUUCGUUAUAUUAUCAACACAGCUGAUAUCUCAAUGGUACUUUGCGAUAAGCCUGAAAAAGCCAAAGUUCUAUUAGAGCAUGUAGAGAAAAAAGAAACCCCAGGCUUGAAAUACAUUAUUUUGAUGGACCCUUUUGAGAAGGAUAUCAAAGAAAGAGGACAAAGAUGUGGAGUUCGUAUCCAGUCUAUGCAAGAAGUAGAGGAUUGUGGUCGAGAAUGUCAACAAGUUCCUGUACCUCCCCAACCAGAAGAUCUAUCAAUUGUCUGUUUUACCAGUGGCACUACAGGUAACCCAAAAGGUGCUAUGCUGACGCAUGGGAAUGUGGUAGCUGAUUUUUCAGGCUUUUUGAAAGUAACAGAGAAAGUGAUCUUUCCGAGACAGGACGAUGUGCUCAUCUCCUUCCUGCCUUUGGCUCACAUGUUUGAAAGAGUGAUACAGUCUGUAGUAUAUUGCCAUGGUGGAAGAAUUGGAUUUUUCCAAGGGGACAUUCGUCUCUUGUCUGAUGAUAUGAAAGCUCUGCGUCCAACUAUCUUUCCAGUUGUACCAAGACUACUAAACAGGAUGUAUGACAAGAUCUUUAGCCAAGCAGACACCCCACUGAAACGCUGGCUCCUGGAAUUUGCUGCCAAGCGUAAAAAGGCAGAAGUUCAAAGUGGGAUCAUUAGAAAUGACAGUCUGUGGGAUAAACUGUUCUUUAACAAAAUACAGGCAAGCCUUGGUGGUUGUGUGAGGAUGAUUGUAACAGGAGCAGCUCCUGCUUCUCCCACUGUUCUAGGCUUCCUUCGAGCAGCCCUUGGAUGUCAGGUUUACGAAGGUUAUGGUCAAACAGAAUGCACAGCUGGUUGUACCUUCACUACUCCAGGAGAUUGGACAUCAGGUCAUGUAGGAGCACCUUUGCCCUGUAAUUUAAUCAAGCUAGUGGAUGUUGAAGAACUGAAUUAUUUUUCUUCCAAAGGAGAAGGAGAGAUCUGUGUGAAAGGUCCAAAUGUUUUCAAGGGCUACCUGAAAGACAGAGAAAGAACAGCUGAAGCAUUAGAUAAGGAUGGAUGGCUUCAUACAGGGGAUGUUGGAAAAUGGUUGCCUAACGGUACACUUAAAAUCAUUGAUCGGAAAAAACAUAUAUUUAAACUGGCUCAGGGAGAAUACAUUGCUCCAGAAAAAAUUGAGAAUAUCUAUAUUCGUAGUGAACCUGUGGCCCAGAUAUAUGUACAUGGAGAUAGCUUACAGGCCUUCCUGGUGGGAAUUGUGGUACCUGAUGCUGAAGUCAUGCCAGGCUGGGCCAAGAAAAAGGGGUUUGAUGGAACAUAUGCAGAGCUCUGUAAAAAUGUGGUGCUGAAGAAAGCAAUAAUGGAAGAUAUGGUGCAGUUAGGGAAGGAAAGUGGACUUCAUUCGUUUGAACAGGUUAAAGCGGUUUACAUCCACACUGAAAUGUUCUCUGUACAAAAUGGCUUGUUGACACCUACAUUAAAAGCUAAGAGACCAGAGCUGAGAGAAUACUUCAAGCAACGGAUAGAAGAACUUUAUUCAAGCAUCUCCAUCUGAUACCACGGGAAGGUUCUUCAGAAUAAUGGACUCUGUAGUGAUAUUAGGAUAAUACUGAAAAGUGACAAGUUAGAAGGAUGCAGCUGAAAUGAAUAAGCAUCUGUUCUUUUUGUAAGAGCUUUCUGAGGUCUGAAGACACCAUUGCUGAGUAAUUCCUUUACCAUCUAGUUCUAGUUCCUCUCAUUGUAAUGGAUGCUCUAGAAGAUUGUUUUAAAACAUACUGGACAGCUAUUAAGUUCUUUACAUUGUACUCCUUAAAGUAUUUUACAUUCACAUUUUUUAUUAAUGACCACAGAAAUUCCCUAUUAAACGGGAAGGCAAAGCAGAAAUAGAUCUACCUAUUUUAUAUUACACUCCUCUGAACUCCUGACUGAUUCGAUAAUAUGAUGUAAAAGGUUUCCAGAUAUCUCUGUGGAUGGUUACCAUUAUGAACUCUUGAGAAAAAGGAACUUCUUGCCCUGGUUCACAGGUUGCCAUUGCAUGCCCAUACACCUUCCAUGUGCUUGUAUAGGCUUCCCUUUCAGUUGCAGUGGAAUGCAUAUAUGGCCCAGAACUCACUGCCACUAAGAUGUUACAGGAUAAGUGAGACAGAGACUAGUGGUCUACCUCAAACGUCCUUUUGACUGACGAUCAAAUCUACAAAUAAGUCUUUUACCCUGAUCUAGAACUGAAAUUGUUGAUUGUUCUUAGAGGCAGCUGUUAUACUCUGCAAAAUGUACAUUGAAUUUACUUUGCUUAAUCAAUCCAUGAAAGAAAAUUGAUUUCAAAUGUAUUUUGUCUUAGACCAUGAGACAUGCUGGAUUAAUUGUAAUUUAGAGAAAUAUUUUAGACAUUUAUAGGCCUUGAAUUCUUCGUAUUUCUUAGGGAGGAUAUCUCCAUUGCUAGACUUAAGGAUACUUUUAAAGAGAGAGAUUGAGGGUUGUGAAAUUAACAGGGCAAAGGCUUGCUCUUAAUAUUGCAUUUCAGCCAUAUUAAGAGAAGAAAUGGAGUUCUGACAGAGUUUCCUGCUUGGCCCUAUCUCAAAGUCAAGUAGUUUCCAGACAUUUAAGAUGCCAAGUCUCAAAAGCUAGGAGGCUAGCUUGGAGCCUAGAGUGAGGCCUCUUCAGGCUUCAGGGCUCCUUGAUGCCAGUCAUGGGAGCAUCAGCUGCUACUUCUGCUGACAACUUUCGCUUGUCACUGCUUUCCUGACUGGUCCUCACUUUUUAGACUUUCCAAUGCCCUGCAAAUUGAUCCCCUAGAAUAUCACCCUCAAUAAUUGAGCUUUGAUCAUUGCUUCCGCAGUGGCUUUCCUACUUUUAUUGUAUAGAUCUCUCUUGUGCACCACUGACAUUUCCAGCCAUCAGCAUUUUUCCUUGUAGAACUGCUUCAUCUGCAUAGGCACAUCUGAAUAACAUGAAGCCCAAGCUUCAAUGUAUUUAACUUUAAAAUGGAAAUUUGGAGUUGGGUGGAGGUGGAGGGACUGUGGAGGCACUAAAUGCCUGGUUUUUGCUUUUGCACAUGUGUGAUAUGCAGUAAGUUUGAUCCCUGAUUUCAAGUGUGAAGCCCAAGUCUCCUAAUGUCAUGUUAAGACAACAAAUCCGAAAGUUCCUGAAUGGUAUGGUUGGACUGCUGUGAUAUAAUCCUUGACUUGCCAUGAGAUAUUUCCCCAUUGUGAAACGAUUGCUUUAAAAUGCUGUCACUAGUUUCUCCUAGACUUUUAAGCUUCUUAAAUGUGGCAACAGAAAUUGGUGCCUUUCUGGUGCACCCAUUUAAUAAUUUACUUUUGCUAAAUAAAUGUUCAGGGUCUCA